AUGGUCUUACUGAGUGUUAAGGGUACGACAUUUCCCGAUGAGUUUGUCUACGAAUGCACAGCUGCUACAGCCAUUUACCCUGAUUUAGCUAGGAACCUUUGCCACAUUCAAAAUAGCCGUCACCUAGUGAAGUUGAUACUACUUUCUGCUCGUGAGUUGCUCGACGAGGCUAGGUGCAAGAAACGGGUGGAGGUAGUUGAUGAGGGUCCUGGGGAUGGUGGUGCCAAUAGCUACUCUGCACUUUUAACGGAGUACGGCGCCAUAAUCGAGUCAACCAGUGCGCGGCUAAAGGACAGGGUCGUGCCCGUCAGUUUAGAGGAAUUUGAUCAAUAUGCCGACCGUUUGCGCGAGCUGACCGAACGGCUGUACCCCGAGGAGUGCUGUGUUCCAGAGGGUGGGCGGAGUGCCGCAGUGGAUCGGCUCUAUCAAUUGCAUGAUGACCCCAACCUUGAUGAGGACCGCCGCCUCGCUGUUUACCACUGCCGUGCCAUUCUGGACCCCCAGUGGAAGUCACAUGAGCAGCAGAAGGAAGACAAGGCAGGUCUGUGGUUCUGUGGGAAGUUGAUGGAGGACACUAUCGCAAGAUACUCUGGCAAAAAUGAGAAGAGCCGGCUGACGGUUAAAGUGCAUCCAAAGGACAGUGUUCCCCCAAGCACGGAGCCGAGGAUAAGUUACGAUGACCAGAGAGCGUUGUAUGAACGGAUGCGCACAAGGCGUGAAGAGUACAAGGGACUUGAGGAGUCGGAGUUGCGUGAUCGUGUGGUGGCUCAGGCGAGGGGGAAGGUAGCAUUAACCGCUCCGGCCGCCGCCUCUCCCGCUAUGUCAAUGGAUUUGUCGCGGCUUCGACCGAUCUGUCCCAAGCGAGAGGAACAUGAGGUGAAUUGA